AUGAAGAAUACAAUCACGACCGUACCUUACUUGAGCGACGAAAACGCCCAAUUCCGCAUGGACUUUGUAUUCUUCGAUACAGCGCUCUCAACUUCUGAAAUUAAGCCUCUUCAUUUGAGUCUUCCAGGAAAACAAAAUCUUAAGAAGACUUUGAAUCCUCGCCAAACAAUGUCUCGAUCAGAUAAAGUCGAUAACAACAAAGCAUCACCAAAUCAGACUCUAAGAAACGGAAAUCACUCUCCAAGACCAACUGCAACUGAGCGUCAACAAGAGCCAGUCUUUGUAAAUCAAGUAACACCUAAUCAACCACAAGAAUCGCAACCUCAGCCAAAUCAAAUGAAUACAUUCAAGAUGAAAAGAACACUUCAAAAUACACUUUUACAAAGAACUCAUUCGAGAAAUUCACAGAACAUGGAGCAACAGGAUUCUCCAGAUAGGCAACAGCAACCACAACAGAGCUCUAAAUAUCCAAGACCUCAAGAUUCACCACCUCAUUCUCCAAAUAGAGAACAGCAACAACAGAGACAAGUACAACAACCAGUACCUCGAAGAUCACCAGUUCCAGAGCCAGCUGCUAGACAGGCUAACCCAAUGGCAGAACUUGGCUUGGAUUUCUCGUUAACAGGAUUAUAUUUACUUCCUUGCUUGACAAGUCAGACCAUCAAUAUGAUAUUCAAUGUCGAAGAACCACAACCAAACGUUACAAGAUACUCUCUCCGUAUGCCACAAGACGUAGAUACAGAAAUUCGUCUUAGAUGUGACGUCAGUGGCAAAUCGAGAACUUCUAAAAUCGAAUUAUACUACAACGAUGUUGUUGUUGGCGAAUUUAAGUACAACUCUAAUAAUAAAUGCUUCUCUGUUGGAUUAACCGCUUUAACUCCAGCUAUGGAAGCUUGUGCGGUUCUUUUCAACCCUUCAUUCUCAAGUUCAUCUGCUCCUAGAAUAUUUGACUUCGUUAUUCCUGCUUUGAAGAAGAUUGAUGGCAGAAAUCAAAUGUUCCGUGUCCCUUAUCAAGAACCGUCAACAUUGAUCCAAUACGUAUCAAAGAUGGCCAAAGAAUCCAUCAGACUUAAGACAAGAAUCCCUUCAAACGAAGGAAACGAAUAUGAUUCAACAUUUAAAGGCAAAUUCCUCCUCAAUGCUCCAACUAACUUCAUAUUAUACCAUGAAUCUAAUCAAAAGCGUGAUAUUUGUACAUUUUCCAUGGUUACUGAGAAUUCUUAUAAUUUGGCCGUCAGUUAUCCUCUUUCUCCUAUUCAAGCAUUCUUAGCUGCAGUUGCUGCUUCGAUUCCACUUUAA